AUGUCAGCCAUAACAGAUUCAGACGAGUGGACUGUCGGCCACCCUUCGCAAAACAAGUCCUUCGUUGCCACAGUAGUGAUCGCUUCCCUCCUCAUAACAGCCUUUUUCGUGGGUUGUGGCUUCAUGCUCUACUACUGGAUCAGGUCAUGGCGCGGCAAGGACAACUACAAACCCAGCGUCUCCUCCUCCUCCACAAACGAAAAAGUCGAAGAUCUAGAAGCCCAGCGACAGCGGCCGGGAACCCCUCCACCCGAGAGAACUUAUGAGAGUGAUGAUGAAUCACCCAUUGUUGAAGUUUCAAAAUGGAGGCAAGAGACAGUUUCGGUGGAUAAUGCGUCGUCGCAGGCAUCGUCGACCAGAAGUUCAUCGGAGUUAUCGCUUAAUGGGCAUGUCCCAGAAAGACCGAGGUCAAGGGACUUUCACGAACUGUAUCCGAGCAAUUGA